UUUCUGAGUUAAUAUGGCUGGAAGUACUACCUUUUCGUGGGUCAAUUCCUGCAUUGGGGACAAAACCGUCCCACCCAUGGCCGUCCCGAUGGGUUUCGAUGCCCAAGGUCAUCCCAUUUACAUUGAACGAGCCCACUUUAAUAACGAAUUGACCCCCGCUCACGUCGUUCCAGCAAGACGAGUCGCCUAUGUACCUCACAAUGGGAAAGAACAUAUCGUGGAAAAUUAUCAACUUUUGUGUAUAAACCUGAAAUGGGUGCCAGCUCAAGGGGGACAAGUACCUCCAGGGGCGGUACAAACUGGACACAAUAAGGAUGGAUCUCCGUUGUAUGUGGGCAGAGUGUGUCAUGGUGGGGCCUGGAUUGUCGGAAAGAUACAUCCAAAGUUUUCUGUUUGUUGCUUUCCUUGUCAUGGUCAAGAGUUAACGGCCGAUAAAUACGAAGCCCUGGUGUGCCAUAUGUGAACAUGGUUUCUUAGCAACAAAGAAGAGUCAUUUAGAAGAAAUGAGCAUUCAUUCUGCAUUUUUUGUCUUCAUAUUUGCUUGUAACACACUUAGAUUUAUAAUAUACUUACUUUAAGACGAAA